AUGCAGUUCUCGUGGACCUCUGCUCUUUGUGUCAGUCUUUAUGGCCUCGGAUCAUGGAUUACAGUGAAUGGACUAUGGGUUGAGCUACCAGUACUGGUCAAUGUUUUGCCCGAAGGAUGGAACUUGCCCGCAUAUUUGAGCAUCCUCAUACAGGUGUGUUUAGCCAGUAUUUUGUGUCGUUUUCCUCGUCAAUCAAGGAAUAUUAUGGGUUUAUUGAUGGAGAGGUCUUUGGACAACUCUCAGCUGAAAAAGACGUUCAAUUGCGAUGCUACAGCGAUGGGUUGUUCAGUUUUCCUACUUUCGGUCCAUCGCAAUAUUUCAAUAUCACUCAGGUGA